AUGUCUCAUCGGCAUCCUCAGUAUGGAGCACAUUGUAACAACAACGACUACGACUACCACUACGACAACACACGUACGCACUCUCCCACCCCCCCCUCCCUCCUCCCCCAGGCCAGUCGAGUACUGUCCGUAUCUGUAUCUAAAGGUUAUUCGGCACCGAGCCGGUAG